UGACUUUCUCCUCCCAUGUGAUGGUCUAAUAAGGGUGGACUGUGACCUGGCCUCAACAUGCAGCUUGAAAUUUCAAAACACACCUUGAUUACCUCCCACUAUCUACCUCAGCACUAUAUCAAUGAGAGGAAGCCUAAGAGGAUCACACAUAUCUUUUGAGUUCUGUGAGGACAGAACUUGCCUGGAUUGUCGAUUUGCAGGAAUCUGUUGGAGAACCUGUACUCACUCCAGCUGUAUAGUCCGUCUUCCAUAUGAUGGCACCAUGUGUGAAACAACUUCUGAAUUGCAAGAGGUUAUUUAUUUUGCUUUUAACUCCCCUGUUGCUGUUACCUUUACCGCUCGUCAUCCGUACAAAGGAAGCCAGUUGUGCCUAUGCCAUUAUCCUCAUGGCUGUUUUCUGGUGUACGGAGGUUAUCCCCCUUGCAAUCACAGCUUUGCUACCAGUUCUGCUCUUCCCAAUGUUUGGAAUUCUAGAAUCAAAACAGGUGUGUAUGCAGUACCUGAAGGACACCAACAUGCUGUUUGUGGGAGGAUUAAUAGUAGCCGUGGCGGUGGAACACUGGAACCUACACAAGAGGAUAGCACUGAAGGUUCUGCUCAUUGUUGGAGUUAGACCACCUUUGUUAAUGUUGGGGUUCAUGGGAGUCACGGCCUUCCUCUCAAUGUGGAUAAGCAAUACUGCAACCACAGCCAUGAUGGUUCCCAUUGUGCAGGCAGUCCUCGGUCAACUCAAUAACACUGAACAGGAGCCUUCCAUUUUGGAAUCAGAUGGGCAAGCCAACCCAGCAAUGCAACUGGAGGAAAAGAAUGCCAUACCUAUGAUAGAAAUGCCAAUAGUGGCGAAUGGCCACACACAGGAAAUCUCCACAGAGGCUAAAGAGAAGAAGGAGAAGAAGCAUAUUAACAAAGGCAUGAUGCUGUGCGUCUGCUAUGCAGCCAGUAUUGGAGGUACGGCCACAUUAACAGGAACGGGGCCAAACCUUGUACUGAAAGGACAGUUUAGCUCGAUUUUUCCCAACAAUGGUGAUAUCUUGAAUUUUGCCUCCUGGUUUGGCUUUGCCUUCCCUAACAUGAUUGUGAUGUUGUGCAUAGCUUGGUUGUGGCUACAGUUGUCCUUCUUGGGAAUAAACUUAAAGAAGUCAUGGGGCUGUGGAGCUAAAAGUUCAGAGAAGGAACGAGCGGCUUAUAAUGUCAUCCGAGAAGAAUACCGCAAGCUGGGGCCAAUUUCCUUUGCGGAGUUUAAUGUGCUUCUUCUGUUCACUGUGCUGGUCAUCCUUUGGUUUACAAGAGAUCCCGGUUUUGUUAGAGGUUGGGCCACCGUACUCUUCAAUAAGGACAAUGUAGAGUAUGUAACAGAUGCCACAGUGGCUAUAUUUGUAGCUGUCCUUCUUUUUGUUCUACCAGCGAAAAGACCUAAAUUUACCUGCCAUAAACAGAGUGACAGUUUUGAUCUGGAAGAUCCCCAAGAAGAAGAAGAAUCAUUUAUGUCAGCACCAUUACUCACAUGGAAGGUUGUUCAUAAGAAGAUGCCAUGGAGUAUUGUUCUUCUUCUCGGGGGAGGCUUUGCAUUGGCAAAAGGCAGUGACGCAUCUGGUCUUUCUACAUGGCUUGGUCAUCAGAUGACAUUUCUUCACAGCAUUCCAGCUUGGGCCAUCGCCAUCAUUCUGUCAUUAAUGAUCGCUGUCUUUACUGAAUGUGCCAGUAAUGUUGCUACAGCAACUCUGUUCCUUCCCAUCCUGGCAUCCAUGGCCAAAUCCAUUUUGGUUAAUCCACUGUACAUAAUGAUUCCUUGUACGCUGAGCACCUCCUUUGCCUUCAUGUUACCUGUGGCUACACCCCCUAAUGCCAUUGUCUUCUCUUAUGGUCAUCUCCAUGUUUCUGAUAUGGUGAAAACAGGUAUGAUGAUGAAUGUCAUCGGUGUAUUAUGUACGACGGUAGCUAUUAACAGCUGGGGCCGCGUCAUGUUCGACCUGGACACAUUUCCAGCAUGGGCCAAUACUACAGAUGGAAACUGAUAUAAAGAAAAUGUGUGCCAAAAUACCUGUGCCAUAAACACUUAACUCAUGAACACAAAAGCUAAUAUGGAGCCUGGUUUGUCAA